ACCUCCUCUUCCUCAUUGCUUCCUUGAAAGGGCUGUGUCAGGGACGACCCAAGUGGAGGAGGACGCAGUGGAGGGAGGGAGAAGUGGAGAAAGAAGACCAAGAAGAAAGAGUCAACUUGGACCACACCAAGAUGAUCUAAAUGAAGCACUCCCCUUGGCUGGGCAGCUCCGCUGACUUCAUCCCAUUUUCUGUCCAUCCGCCCUUCCCACAAGUAAAUACGAGUGCAGCAGCGGCCUCAGUGGCACCCAAACCUCAAGCUGUAUCCGAAGUAGAAGAGGCCACCCACCCCCACCCUUUGAGGCCUCCUGCUCCUCGUCGUCCUCCUUGUUAGCAUUCAUUGAGUGGGACCGCAAAAUCAAGAUCGGUAAAUCUAACGUGAAAUCAAUGGACACAUGGAGUACAAUCGCCACCAUCACCUAGGCCAUUAUCAUCCUGAUCGCUGUUUCCCAUUGACGUGAGGCGAAUUUAGAAAUUCAUGGGAAAACGAGGGGGAAAGUCGCAGGUUCAUUCUCCAAUCACGUAGAUUGUUCUCAGAUCUUCAUCAUCCUGAAUCAGAAUGGUGUGAAUGUAGUGGCGACUGAUGCUUCCAAGUUUCAUCAAGUUGGUGGCCAUAGAACCGAACGUGUCCCACCAAACACAAGUGCAAAAGCUAGCGAUCUCAGUUGUUUGGCUUGUGGAGAUAAGAAAAGCAAUAAGCCCAUUUCGUGAUCUAAUUUAGAAUGUAAAGGGCCUGCUAGUGACUCUCUAGUGAUGUAUGGAGCUCGUGUGUAAUAGUCAUGAUUCCGUCGUGAUCUUUCAGCCGCAACCUAUAUGAUUGUCAUGGACAUUAAAAGUGUCUCUUGCUGGAGGUCAGUACCUAAUCAGUGCAGAAAUCAACAUUGAAAGAGUAGCACCUACUACCAAAGGCAACAGGAAGACGAUUUUCGUCCCUGACAGAUGAAUGUGGGAAGUAAUUUAUGAGCACGCAUUAAUGCUAAACAGUUCCCCCUUCAUCGUCCCCCUUGUCACCCUCCUGACAUAGGCAGCUGGAGCCGAUUUCCGCACUUACCUAUGCUCCACUCAUCUUGGGCCAAAGAAGAGAAAACUUAUUCCGCACCCUUUCUCCCUGGUGUGAGCUUGUUUGUGGGCUUUGCUAUCUCCUUGUUGCUUUCAAGUCAAUUCCCUCUCUUGGGGUGAUUGUGAAAAGCGCUCAAAUUUGGCAAUCUCUACUCUUGUUGUUUCAAUACACCUAAUCAGGAGCGUAAAAGUGCUUCAUGUGACACGCUAACGGACUGUUCUAAUGAAUGGUGUCUUUUCCACUCUCACCUCAAUAUAACGUUUCAAUUUAUUCAUCAACCAUUGGCCUUGAUGUGGUCUUUUGGAAGAUCUGAUCCCCAUCAACUUGUUCCUCCCACAAGGCAAGAUGAGUCUGGCCCCCGAAGAAGCAGAGUGGGUCGAGAUCAUCGAGCCCAGGACCAAGGAGCAUAUGUAUGCCAACCUCACCACUGGCGAAUGUGUGUGGGAUCCACCUCCAGGAGUGCCGGUCAAGAGAACCAAUGACCAUCAAUGGUGGGAACUGUUUGAUCAGAACACGUCUCGGUUCUAUUACUAUAAUGCCACCACUCAGAAGACGGUCUGGCAUCGCCCUGAACAUUGUGAUAUUAUUCCCUUGGCUAAACUUCAGACACUGAAGCAAAAUACAGAGGUCAAAGAGGAAGAUACCAAGGCCUUUGAGAACAGAUCUGCCCAAACAUCGUCGGCUAUAGCCUACGGGAAGCCGCUAGGGGAAGCAUUUUCCAACUUGAAGAAAAAAACAAAGCUUACUUUGACCUCUUUGACUCAAACAUCACCUGUGAAUUCACCUAGAGUAGUUCGGAAAGUAAAACAUCAUCAUCCACAUCACCAUGGCAGCCGGCAUCACCGUACCAAGUCAGAUGCAAGCCAUGGCCUGUCAUCACCCCCGUCUUCCUCUGAGAAACCUCGACAUGACUUGACCUCUCCUCAAAGGCAGCCUUACUCACCCCAUCACUCUAGUCACCGGUACCUUCCCACAGAGCAACCUACUCGUCAUGGAGAAGAUAAACGACGAACAACUAUUGGUCCAUCACAAUCCAAAUAUUAUAGUAUUCCUCACAAUUCCGUCAAGGAUGUGAUCAACCCCAGACGACCAGAGAAACCUCCUUCUCCAGGCUCUCUUGCUAAGCAAAGGAGCUUGGAAGGCGAUCACUUUAGGAUAGCAACGCAACUCUCCCUUCCUCCAACUCAAGAUCAAGAUGUUGUGAGUGGUAACCACUCACUGAGGUUAGGGUCCAAAUUACCUCCACCAAUCCCAGACAAUGGUGUGCCCCCAUUGUCAUCUUCCGCCAUUUCUAGAUCUGUUAGUUUCAUGGCAAAGCAUCCUCUUCCAAACACAAAAUUGAACGAAGAAAAUAUUUGGAAACCACCCCCUGGAUUUGAAUCUGUCAAUGGGAGAAAGUCCGUCGAAUCAACGCCGCAAUCAUUGAGACGUCACAAAGGGAGUCCUGAGAGUAAUCAUAGUGGAAGCAGUAGCCAUUACGCAAACUCGCACUCAGAUGUGAGCAGCCCAAUUGAAGGUUAUUGCACACCAAUGAUUAAUCGGAAGCAAAAAUCUUUAAACACUUCGUUUGAAGGUUGUGGAUCAAAUGGAACGAGAAGUAACUUUCUUCCCCGACCUGUAAAAGGUUUCCAAGAUCCAUCUCAAUCUAGUCAGACUCAGGAACCUCCUGAAAAGUUGGACCAUGCGAAUGGUUCUGAUGCUGGAAAGAACGGAGAUCAAUCAAGGCCUUACCUAGUUGACAAUGAUUUUACUAAUAACGAAGAAAGCAAAUUGCAGGAAAAGUUCAAGCCGCCUCUUAAUAACAUUUCUCAUCGUUACAAGGCCCAAAAGCCCAGAAGAGGUCGAGGAGACAAUAAUGGUACGUGGGACAGAUUUCACCACGUGAAUAAGAUGUCUCCUUUACAACAAUACAUAUUGGAGCAAGCCAAACUAUCUGGCUACCGAUUUGGUGAUGGUUUGGACACAACUGACCGCGAUUCUUUUGUUGAAUCAGAGGAUGAUUGGAUGAAUCACCAUGAUGAUAGCGACGAUUUUGCUGAUGAUGAAGAUGGGGGAGUGUCUGAUGACGUUUCCAAGGCGUCUUCCAUUGAUGGUGAAGAUGAUCGUUAUUUAACAGAGCCGACGUAUAAUAACUUGGAUCCAAAAUGGAUCGAAUCUAUGUACACGGCAGGUUAUCCACAUACCCCAUCCAUGUUUCCUGGAAUGGCCAUUGGAUCAACUUUAGAACGGAAUUCCAGUUGUCCAUCGUCCCAAAUUCCACUUGGUUCCAAUCCCAGCACUCAUCACCACUCCCACCACCAUCUUCGACCAGCUCCUCCAGUGCCACCUCACCAAAUUCCGAUGCCGUCUCCGCAGGCUCGUACAAGUCAAGACGUGGAUGCAUUUAGUGAAGAGUUUGAUGUCAGAAUGCGUUUUAACAACCGCUCACAAAGCAAUCCUAAUUCCAGCACAAUGCCACGACCAUCGUCACAUGGACCAACUUUACAACAGAACCCAGCUUUCCCGGUGCCUUAUGACGUCCUUCACCACCCUUCAUUACAAAGAAACACUCAAUCACUUAUGGAGACUAAUUCCAAUGUUUCCACUCUCAGGGGUGGGACCUUGGGUCGAGUUAGUUCACGAACGUCUGACAUGGCCGACAGUAGAGUUAGUGGCUCUAUGUUGUCUGUGUCAACGAGUAUCCAUAGCACGAUCUCGUGUGAGAGUGACAUUGAAAAGUAUGCCAUGGACAAUUUGAACAUCCAAAAGAAGGGUCUAUUUAGGAAGAAAUUAACAGUGAAGGACAUUUUGACUCACAGUAAAGAAGCCUUGAAGAAGCCUUUGACGUGUUUGGCAGACAAGGCAUUGAAGAAAGAUGCUGUGGACAUUUUUAGGCUCAUGCAAAUCUACAUGGGUGAUCGAAGAGCUAAACAAGGCAUGACCAUCAAUAGCGUGGCUCUUGAAAUCACACACAAGGGAUACUCGAGUCCAAAAAUCCGGGACGAGAUUUAUGUCCAACUUUGCAAACAAACAACCGAAAAUUUGAACCGUGAGAGUUUGCGACGAGGCUGGGAAUUGAUGGCCAUUUGUUUGUCAUUUUUUCCUCCAAGUGUCACGUUUUCUCUCGCCUUGCACGCUUACAUUCACAAACAUAGAGAUCCAGGUUUAGAUUAUCCAGAUGUGGGGAAAUGGCCGAUUCAUGUCCAAAUAAGUCACUAUGCGGGGAUUUGUGCCAAACGAUUGGACCGCAUAGGGGAGUCCGGUCGACUGUCCCCAAAGAAACCUGUGAUCGAAGAUAUCGACCAAUCUAGGUUACAAAUAUUCAGGCCCUCUAUGUUUGGAGGGACUUUGACGGAAAUACUGGAUAUGCAGAGGGAUCGAUUUCCCCAUCGAAAGUUGCCUUGGAUUCUAACCACACUGGCCGAGCAGAUCAUUCAAUUAAAUGGCCUGUCGACUGAGGGCAUAUUUCGAGUACCAGCUGACCUGGAUGAGGUGAAUAAUGUCAAGACUCGAUUUGACCAAUGGGAAAUACCGGCUUGUGCUGAUUGCCAUACUGCGGCUUCUUUGCUCAAACUCUGGUUCCGAGAGCUUUACGAGCCAAUCAUCCCUGAUGCCCUCUACGAGGAAAGUGUUCAAGUUGGCGAAAAUGUUCAAGCUGCUUGCGAUAUUGUGGCCCGAAUCCCUCCACCUCACCACGACAUCUUGUUAUUCUUGAUCCGAUUUCUUCAACUCUUUGCCUCCCCCGAAGUGGCACAGGUCACCAAAAUGGAUGCUUCCAAUCUCAGUACUGUAUUUGCUCCCAACUGUCUCCGUUGCCCUUCCUCGGAUCCAUCUGUGAUUCUGGAGAACACGAGAAAAGAAAUGGCGUUUGUGAAAGCCCUUGUCUUUGGACUUGAUACGACAGCCAUGGAGGGAGUGCUGUGAAAUGUCUCCAGGUGCUUACUCUAUCAGACGAAUGUCAACUUGCGGCCAGAUUACUUCUCCCAUCAGCCAUCACUCACUACUCGUCGAAAUAAGAUGACUAAUCCACCGGAACUUUAGUUGCCGUCAAAGUUGUCACUACAACUCUUGUUACCACCUUUGUUUGUGUAUUUUCAAUUUUCCCAUAUUUUUCAUUCAUCUCUGCGUGAUGGUCGUUCUUUUUCUCAUCCACUGUAUUGCAAACUCACAACUCCCACCUGCCCUUACCGCCCAAUCAAAAGAUAGUCAAGUUUAGCUGGUACUAGCUUUACAGCAUGCCUCAUAUUUACAACUCACAUCCAUAGCCAGAAAAACUUCAAUAUUAUUGGUGUCAUUCCUCCCUAACAGUUAAAAAACAGAGCCAUUGAAUCACUCAUAUGUUCCGAACCGUGUUUUCUCCAUGAAAUAUUUCCAAGAAAUCUCUCUCUUUCUCUCACCCCCAUUAACCAUGAUGAAGUUAGUCCAUUACUAAGUCAUUUCUGAAACCAAAAUAUGAGUCGUUAAUUCCUUUAUUACUACGAUUAUCAUCAAUGUCAAGUAUUAUUUAUACUGCUACGCUAUUAUUAUUAUCAUCAAUAUUAUUAAUAAUAAUAUUACGACGACCACCGCCAAAUAUUAACAAUACACUGAGCCAUCGUACAAGA